GAUUCUAGGGUUACUAAUCGGCAUCUGGCAACACUGAAAGUCGACUCGAACGGACGCUUGCUGCGGCUCGAUGUACAAAUAAAAUUUUAAAUAAUUUGCAACGGUUGCAGCGGAAAAUUGCGCCAACUGUGGGCUUAAAUAAAAGUUUUUAAAAAAUAAAUAAAUAGAUAUUUGCCAAAGGUCUUUGAACUGGCCGAAAAGUGAAAAACGGAAAUCGCCUUGCAGGUUGCAGUUAAAUACGAUUUUGCUGCAACCAACCGAGUGGCUGCAAGAAGCAUCUAAAAAAGUGGUGACAAAACCAGUUAAAUCCAACCCACUUUCGGCGAGAAAAUUAGUUAAAGAACUGAAUCCGCAAUGGGUCUCAACGGGUGCUGUUCGUGCGUCAAAUAUCUUAUGGUCCUUAUAAACAUUUUGUUCUGGAUCAUUGGACUGACUUUUGUCAUAUCCGCCGUGUGGAUGCUAACAGAUCCCACAUUUGUCCUGUCCAUGACCCAAUCCUACCAGCACUACCAGAUAGCGCUCUACGUCCUGCUGGGCAUCGGAAUUCUGAUCACUCUGGGCGCGUUCUUCGGCUGCUGGGGCGUUUGCCGAGAGUCGCAAUGUUUUCUCGUUUCGUUCUUCUGUGUCAUACUGGUUGUUAUGGUGGCGCAGAUUGCGGCCGGGGCCUGGGCCUUCCACAAUCAAGACAAACUGGACGACAUCAUUCGGGCGGCUGUCAAAUCAACAGUUCAGCAUGAAUACGGACAGUCCACCAUGAGUUCACAGACCGUGACCUUCGAUGCGUUGCAAAAGAAUCUAAAAUGCUGUGGCGCUGAUGGUCCUGGAGACUGGGCCACAAGUCGCUUCAAUAAUGUGGACAGGACGAAUAUUGUCGAAAUCGCGGUGUCGUCCAUGAAUGUCUUCUACAAUAUUCCCGAGUCGUGUUGCAAAGAAAAUCUAAAGGACAACGAGUGCGAAAUGUCACGUCGCCUCAAGUUCGGGGGACCCUUGAACCAAGCCAUUUAUCAAACGGGCUGUGUGGACAAAAUGAUUGAAUGCGUUACUGAGAACUGGAUACCCAUUUUCGCCGUCACCGUCUCCGUCAUAUUUUUGGAGCUGCUGUCCCUCACCUUCGCCCUGAGCCUGUGCUGUGCCGUGAGGAACAAACACUACAAGGCCUGAGAAUUACAGAACUCCCAUAGGGAAAUCACAGACGAUGAGAAGUACUAACAAACCAAAACAAAGCGAGUGCAUAGCGAGGGCUACUACUGAAGCUGAGCAAUAAAGGAAACGCAUUUACAGUGUAGCAGUGGAAGGAAAGGCUUGCGGGAUAGAUUCCGAGGCCCCUCGUCAAUACUUUAGCAACACAACCGACAACAACCGAAACACACAAUUUUGUAGUACUUUUAACAAUAUGAGGAAGUUGAGCAAUUGUAUUUGAGAUACGAAGCGUUUUGGAAUUUGUGCAAAUUUUUUAAAAACAAACAGCAGGAGGUCAGAGUUCGUAUAUUCACGAAAUCAUCUUUAUUCGAGAAGAACAACAAGAAUAACAUGGAAACACUUUUCUAAACAAAACUAUUUCUACAAAAAAAAAAGAACCCAAACAGUAAACUCCGUAUAUGUAUGAACAACUUAAGCAGCUCCAUAAUACUUAGCCUAGCGAAAACGUUUCGAAUUCAUAGACAUACUAUAUAUAAAAUAUAUAGAGAAAAGCAUAAGCACAAAAGAAUAAUGUUAAUUGCCAAAAAAGAAAAGGAAAUGGAAGAAAUGUAAACAAAACGAAAACUCAAUCAAAUUUCGUUCCAGAUUAGAUUUGCCUGUAAGACUCUUCAUUAUACCAUACAUAUAUUAAGUUUUUGUGGCCAUUUCUAUGCUAACACAAUGCCAAAUGAAAUAUGAGUACAUCCGCAUAUGCGUACGUAUGUGACACAAAACAGCAUUCCACGAGAAUGAAAAUGAUUGACAAAUUUUUGUUCUGGAAAAAAACGCAUUGCCAUCCAAAGACCCAGCCCAAAAUAUUUUUCAAAUCAUUUUGUUACCUUUGUGUAAAAUGUUGUGCUAAAACCGAAAACAAAUUAAUUCGUAGAGCUUCUCGAAAUUGAAUGCCAAAUAUUUUAUAUCUAACAAAAUUUUAAAUUAUUUCAUCAUAACUUAUUUAAUUGAGCAUAAGCAGACAUGAGCUAGAACAAAAUUUAAUUAACACUUAAGUGAAUGUUGAAUAAUCUGUUAGUAGAAGAUUGAUUUGUCCUAAGCUGACGUUUGGCCAAUUUUAGAAAAGAAAAAGUAUUUUCAAGUCGAAAGUGUUUGUUUAAUGUUUUCCAAAGCCUACAAACUCGAAACUCGAUUAAUUCGAAUACAAGUUACUUAGGCAUAUGGUGUAGAAGUGCAAGAGUUUGUACGAAGAAUCAAUGUGAAAUGCACAAAAUGUUGAACGGAAAGUACACACAUAUGUAACAAAAAAUCUCUAUAUUUACAUUGUAUUUUUACCAUACACCUUAAUAUAAUGAUAAUAUAUAUUUUUUGUAACAUUUUCAUUUACCUGUUGUUAUAUGUGAAUUUUGUUGUUGAUUAAGCGUAUCCUGAACGUCACCGUGUACCCCUUCACAAUGUUUAAGUAAAUUAAAUCUACAAAAACCAAUCCAAGGUCAAAAUUAUAAUAAAUUUACAAACAAAACAAAAAUAUAAACUAAAUAUAUAUAUUAACUUUAAAUGUACACAUUAAAGAAAAUUAUUUAUUUUAAAAUUGUUUUAGUAUAUAGUUAAGAGAACAAUUUCUUGGAGUUAAUCAAAUAAACAGAAUAAUGAUUUAGAUUAAGAGAUCAAUCACUUACAAUGCAGUUCACCAUCAUAUAAAAUAUUUAUAAAAUAAAGUCUUCACAUUUAAAUGGAAUAAAUUUAGAAAACAAUUCAAAGCAUAACGCGUCAUCAAACAUUUGAAAUCAAAAAAGUACGUAUGUAUCCUUAAAAAAAUGUUAAGCAUGAAAACCAUAAAUACAAUCAACUCAUGAUGUCCAUUAUUUCUGAAAACUAAAUAGUUUAAAAAAUUUAAGCAAUGAAACAACGCUCAAGAUUUGUACGAAAACCAGAGAACACUAAACAGAGGCACAGAUUAAACCAUGAUGUUUGUGAAAACAAAUUUAGAGAACAAAAGCAUACAAAACUGAUAUUUCAAAAUAAAUAAUCGUACUUUAAAACAAA